AUGAAAAUCAUCAUAAAUUUGUUAUUUUUGUGUGUAGCUUUUGCAUAUAUUCCAAGAACCGUCAGUGUGAUUGAAUUGUUUGAAAAGGUUUACAACAGUCAAACAAGUGAAUAUUUAAUAAGUGAUUGGAAAAAAGAGAAUAGUAGUAUAAGUAAAUUCACUAAGAUGGAUGAUGAAUUAAUUUACCAUUACGGUAAAUACACUGCAUUGCUACAAAAAUUUAUUUCUAUUUUAAACAGUCAAAUAAAAGAAGUUAGAAAUAAAAUGAAUAAAGAUGAAGAAGAAUAUAAACAAAAGAAAGUUGAAGUAAAGUUAUAUAAAGAAGAAAUAAUAAAUGCAAAAAAAGGUAAUGAUGUAAUUUUAGUAAAUAAAUAUGAAGAAUUGUUAAAAAGUGCAGAAGAAGAAAUGAAAACAGCAAAAAUAAAAAAAACAGAAGAAAUGGAAAAAUUAAAAGUGUUAUUCCCACAAUUAAAAAUUUCAAAAGAAAAAUUAGAAUGGGUUGAAAGCCAAACAAAAGCUAUUGGUAAAAAUGAAGAAUAUAUUCUUGAACAAUGGAAAAUAAGAAAUCAAACUCUUAUUAAUGAAAAGACUAAUUUUGUUGAAUAUUUACAAAAUGGAAGUAAACUUAUUAAAGAAAUUAAAGAAGCAAAUGACUUAUUAAAUCAAAUUGAAAAUAAAUUUAUUGAACGUAAAAAAUUGAAUAGUACUUAUAUUCAAGAAUUAAACUUCGCUAAAAAAUCACUUAUUAAUGAAAAAAAUCAAAGAAUUCGUAGUCUUGUUCAACUUUAUUUCAAAGUCAUUUUUAAUUAUUUAAGAAGUGAAAAAAGUAUUAUUAAUUCUAUUAGUAGUAUUGAUGAAGAUUUUAUUACAAAUGAAGCUGAAAUUCAAAAUGAAUUUAUUGCGUUAAAAGGAUUAGAAGAACUUAAUGACCAAAGUAUCUCUUUUGAAAAGUUAAAUGGAGUAGAAAGGACUAUUCUUUCAGCACAAACAUUAGUUAUUCAAACUGAAGAUCUUAUUCAACAAAGAAGAAAUGAAAUUAAAAAAUUAAUGAUGAAAGGCGUUGAAAGUAUUAUUGCACAAGCAAAUGAUGAUUUAUUACAAAUGGAACGUGAAUGUAGCCGAAAUAUUACUGAAAACAAAUUAGUUCAAGACAAAGAAAUUGCAGUACUAAAAGACCUUGAAAAGAAAAAUGGAACAAUUUCAGCACCUAUUGAACCAAUUAGUGAUUGUGAAAAUGAUGUUAAAAUUAUGAGACUUUUUGCUGGACUUGGAGAAAAAUUCUUUAAUAAAUGGUGUGACGUUUAUCAUAAAGAAAUUAAUACAAGAAGAAUUUAUAUUAAAGCUAAAAUUUUAAGUGCAGAAGAAGGAAUGGAACAAAAUAAAAGAGAUGUUGAAGUAGUUAGAACAUAUGAAGAACAAAGAUAUUAUUUAGGAAAAUAUGGAAAAGAACAAGAAAUGACUAAGUAUUGGAGAAAAAGAUUAGAUGGUGUUGAUGAAAUUUUAAGAGAACUUCAAGCUGUUGAAAUAAGAAAGUUACAAAAGAAAAUUGAAUUAUUGAAAGAGAAAAGUACUCAAUCUGAAGUUAUUCAUCGAAUGGUAGUUGAUUGGUUAAAGAAAGAAUUUGAAGAUGCUAAGUCUAGAACUGGUGUAGGUAUUCCAAUUAUAAAGAAAUAUAAAGAAAAGAUUGAAGCUCAAGUUCAAUUACCAAUUUUAAAUAAAAAGAAACAAGAAAAAGCUUUUAAACCAGUUAAUACUACUCAACAAAACAAACCAGUUAAUAAUACUCCUAAACAAAAAAUUCAAGACAAUAAACAAACUAAUAAAUCUAAUCAAAAGAAGCUAAAUAAACCUAAAACAAAUGACGUUGCUAAACAAGUGUUAAAGGCUUCUAGUGCUGGAAAAGAAAGUUCUCCUAUGACACCUGCUUUAUCUAAUGGAGAGUCAACAGUUAAAAAAUAA